GAACAGUUUCACUGACAUCCAGUCAAAGAAGAAGAAGAAGCAGCUGUUCGCGUGUCAUGUUCGGGAUUCCUCUCUGAAUUUUCGCAAAUAAAUAAAUCAGAUUUUUAUCUAGUUUUUCGUGAAAAACAGAGCAACAUAUUUUCCUAAAAUGCGUAGAUAGAUUAUGCUAAUAUAUAUUCUAACGGGAAUUGCAUUGUGGGUGACUGAAUUUCUGCAAAUUGCAAUUGAAACCUGGCGAGCAGUUUUUGCCAUGAUUCGGAGGAAGAAGAACAGCCCCCAGAUUUAUGCCUUCCGACCAUAUCAGAUCAAUCGGCUGCAUUAUGUGGACUGUGUGCCCCCAAAGCCACGCAGUGGUCACAGGAUUGUGUGCAAUGAUCGUGAUAUUUACUGUUUCGGAGGCUUCAAUCCGGACAUCCCAUCGAACACGGGAAGAUAUCGGGAUGUGUCUCUGUUCCAGGAACUCUGGCGCUUCGAUACUCUGUCCCGGCAAUGGGAAUUGAUCUUUGGACCAGGAGAACACUUGCCAGAUGAACUGGCUUCCCAUGCCAUGCUUCUGCUGGGCAACUCGAUCUUGAUCUUCGGUGGGACGUGCUACCCUUUUGGCCAACGCUGCUCAAAUAAACUUCAUAUCUUCAAUGUUGUCAGCAAGAAACUCAAGACAGUGGAGACUUCCGGGACUCAACCAGCAGAGAUGUACGGGCAGGCUAUGGUCGUUCAUGAGGAGUUCCUGUACGUCAUUGGAGGGACAACGGGAUAUGACUACUCCUGUGAUGUUCACAGAUUGAAUUUGAUGACGUACGAGUGGGAGCUGGUUUAUCACUGUGAUGAAUACAAUGAGGACGAUCCUCCAGGUCGAUAUCGCCAUGAGUUGGCGUAUGACGGUGAGCAAAUUUAUGUUUUGGGCGGUGGAACAUCUCAAGUGGCCUUUACACUCUCCGAGAUACCUGCCUUCAAUUUGAAGACAAACACGUGGAAAAUGGUACAGACAAAGCCAGAUUCCACGUUUUCUCCUCCAGGAAAUAAAGUAGCUUUUCCAGAGGCCCGAAAAUGUCAUGCCUGCGUUCAAUUUGAAACGCUACAAGGAUCGUCAGUUGUAAUUAUUGGGGGAUAUGAUACAUGCUAUUACAAUGAUAUUUGGAAGUUGAAUUUGCGAACUCUAGAGUGGAGAUGUCUCGGAAAGAUGCCGUCUUUUAGGCCUCUUUUCUUUCACGAUGCCACCGUUACGAGAGCAGGCUGUGUGUACAUUUACGGGGGCAUUACGUGCAACGUCAACACGAAUAUCACCAAAAGAACAACCAAUAUGUACAAGAUAUGGAUGACAAUACCUAAAUUGUCUGAAAUGUGCAUAGAGGCACUCAAUUUUUAUGCACCACGCUUGAAGGAAUCCUCCGUGGAGGAUCUUAUGAAGCUUGGUGUGCCACCGCCAUUUGUCGACAGACUGACAAUCAAGAGUACUAGUCCCUAAAGCUAGCUUUUGUUCAAUGCUGAAAGCUUUUCUUAACUUUCUUGACAUCAAAAACAAAAUUCAAGUGUUUUGUUCUUGCAGCAAAGUAUCACCUAAUAUAAAGUGAGUAAAAAUUGUACAUUAAGAAAAUACUUAUUUUCUAUUGGCUAAAUAUAAAAGCGUUUUUGCUCAAUGCAAAUGGGACUUGUAACUUGUAUCCAGUGAGUCAAUAUACUUUUCUAGAAAAUUACGUAACUGCAAGGCUCUGAAAUCCGGCAAACAGACGCAAGCCAAUUUAUGAAUUAUAUAGAUUUGGAGAGUUUCUCUGAAAACGAGAUUCGCGUGAAAUAUUUAAAUUUACGUUCUUUUACACGGCUCUUUUGUUUCAUUUGACUUCAGCUAUAUGUAAGAUGUAUAUCUUAAUAAAAAAAAUUGAAUUUAUAAA